UUCAGUUUUGGGUCUAUGUGUGAAACCAAGUAUGCCUUAAACAAGGAAGACAAGCUUUUCAGAAGUGCAGUUGGAUAACUUCUGCCAUAGAAAUGGCUGAAUGAGGACACAAGGGGGGAAAAUUCCAGAAGAAGGGCACAUCUCUUUCUUUUCUGCAGUUCGUUCUCACCUUCUCAGCUCCUAGUAAAACGUCUCGUUUUCAGGUUCUGUAAAUCCUGCUAGUCUCAGGCAAAAUUAUGCUCAGGAGUCUCAAAUUUUCUUAUUUCAUUUGAGUCUUUAUUUAGUAGACUUCUCAAUUUUUCUAUUCAUUACAAGUAAAAGCCUGUUGAUCUUAAUCAGCCAGGAAACUUAUCUGUCUGGCAAAUGACAUAUGUACAAAGAUAAUCAUCAAUGUCAUGAGCUCAGUUAAUGAAAAAAUGGACACGGAACAUGGUAGGAGAGCAAAUCUUUCUCUCCCCCAAGAGCCGUCCAGUGUGCCUGCAUUGGAAGUCUUGGCAGUACCUCCCCAGGAAGAAUCUUCAGGCAGACUAUCGAAGUCGGCCUCAUCCCCACCACAGCAUACAUGGCUGACAGUUUUGAAAAAAGAGCAGGAGUUCCUGGGGGUAACACAAAUUCUGAUCGGUAUGAUAUGCCUGUGUUUUGGAACAGUUGUCUGCUCUGUACUUGAUAUUUCACACAUUGAGGGAGACAUUUUUUCAUCAUUUAAAGCAGGUUAUCCAUUCUGGGGAGCCAUAUUUUUUUCUAUUUCUGGAAUGUUGUCAAUUUUAUCUGAAAGGAGAAAUGCCACAUAUCUGGCGAGAGGAAGCCUGGGAGCAAACACUGCCAGCAGCAUAGCUGGGGCAACAGGAAUUACCAUCCUGAUCGUCAACCUGAAGAAGAGCUCGGCUUAUAUCCACAUCCACAGUUGCCAGAAAUAUUUUGGGACCGAAAAGUGCUUUAUGGCUUCCUUUUCCGCUGAAAUGGUAGUGAUGAUGCUGUUUCUCACCAUUCUGGGACUUGGUAGUGCUCUGUCACUCACCAUCUAUGGAGCUGGGGAAGAACUCAAAGGAAAUAAGGUUCCAGAUGAUCGUGUUUAUGAAGAAUUAAACAUAUAUUCAGCUAUUUACAGUGAGUUAGAAGAUCGAGGGGAAAUGUCUCCUCCCACUGAUUUAUAAGAAUCACAUGUCCAGAACACUCUGAUUCACAGCCAAGAAUCCAGAAGGCCAAGGUCUUGUUAAGGGGCUACUGGAAAAAUUUCUAUUCUCUCCACAGCCUGCCAAUUUUACAUUAGAUUUAUUCGCCAGAUGAGAAUAUUUUGUUUUUGUUGCUUCUGUUCCCCUUAAUAUUCUCCUUCCAUUUGUAGAUAUGAUAGACUCCUAUUUUUCUUGUUUUAUAUUAUGACUUCACACACCUCUCUGCUGGAAAGCCAACAUGUAAUAAGCAAGAUUUAAC